AGCGAUCCGCUUUCGGUCAUGACCUUGCUCGCGCUCCUGCUGUCGCCGCCCGCGGUGCCAGUUCCGGAGAUCGACCCGCCCGCCUCGACGGGAAACCUCGUAAACAAGGCGAUCUACGGCUCCGACUCACGACAGGAGCACAGCGCGAUGCCACCAGAGUGGACUUCGAUUGGCGAUGCCGUCGCAAUGAUCUACGACACGCAGAGUAAUCGCGUGUUUGACAGCCAGGGCGUCUUCCAGUACGAACAAAGUCUCCGCGACAAGAAAGGCGACUGCGAUGGCACGCCUUUGCGCUUCAGCGACCAACCCACCCCGGGCCGCUGCACCGCCACGCUGAUCGCUCCAAACAAGGUGGCGACCGCAGGGCACUGCUUCAAACCCCACCUUUGCGGCAGGCUCGCAUUUGCCUUUGGCGCGACUACCGACGCGAUGGUCCGCGGCACUCCCUUCGCUGCCGACCGCCUCUACUCAUGCGGCUCUGUCGAGAUCUCAGUGUCCACCGGCGGGAAAGACUGGGCCGUCGUGCGGCUGGACCGGAGCGUCCCCGACUCGGUCGCCUCGCCCGUCCGCGUCGCAAGCACUGAAGUCGCGAUCGGGACGCCCGUCAUGAGCAUCGGCCACCCGGAUGGCCUCCCGCGCAAGUACGCCGGUGACGCACAGGUCAAGGAGGUGAUGCAGUCGGGGACGGACGCCUUCCGCUUCUCGACAAAUGUGGACGCGUUCGUCGGCUCGUCCGGGUCGGGCGUCUUCGACAUGUCGGGCGAAAUGGUCGGUAUCCUCAUCAAUGGCAAUCGCGACUAUGACGACAAGGGUUGCGCCAUCACGUACCCGCAGGAGCAGGGCAGGGAGUGGGCGACGGGCGCCAAGCUCCUGCUCCCCUAUUCGUCCUUUCCUAGCCCCUUGGCACCCUCCCCUCCGCCGCCGCCGCCGCCGUCGCCGCCGCCGCCGCCGCCACCGAAGCCGCCGCCGCCGCCGUCACCGCCACCGAAGCCGCCGCCGCCGCCGUCACCGCCACCGAAGCCGUCGCCGCCGCCACCGCCGCCACCGAAGCCGUCGCCGCCGCCACCACCGAAGCAGCCCCGGAGGAGCUUCUGGUGCUUCUAAGCUAGUGGUGGCGUGCUUCUGACAGCACAGGCUGGCGGGCGGACGACGCUCGACGGGUCUCGGGUGGGUGACUGGCGUCGACCGGCGCGUUCGUUUCUUUGCGCACUUACUUGAGUGAGAUCUUUCUCCCUCUCGCUCUCCCUCUGGUUUUCAAGAGAGAGAGAGAGAGAGCGUCUCUUUGUGUCUUUGAGGUGUGGCUACG